AUGCAGAUCGCAUCGAUUCUCUCCGAUCUGACCUCUCUUCGUGUCUGCGAUCACUCCGCAGCCCUUGCACUCGUCUCGGUGCACAGAGCCGGACGUGUAGACGACGAUCGAAAGCUGAGUGUGAAAGCCAAGGAGGAUGUGGAUAUGCAGCGGGCAAUAGAUCUAGUGGAGUUGCACUAUGGUGUCAAGAUGAAGCACCUGCAAGGAGAGGAGGGGCUGAGGCAGGGGAGGAGAGAAGUUGACAUGGUGCUGGAGAAGCUGGAAGGUGACAGUCUUAAAGAUAAGAGAAGUCGAGGAUGA